UCACAUGAUAAAUGACUUUACUUUCUUCAUCACCACACCAGGGCUCUCCCAUUCACUCCCAAACUCCCAUAACCUCCCUGCACAGCCUCUGGACUUCACUCGGCUCCUGAGCUGUGACUUCAUCCUCAGAACGUUUGGAGAAUAUUGUUCCGUAUCAGAGAUUAUUCAGCUUCUUCCAGAUGGAGCUCAGAUUCUCCUGGAUGAUCCUGAUCUUCAUGAUAUCAGGGCCUCCUGGAGGUAUUAGUCCACUGAUGACCACACAAGCGGUCACUACAACCACGACUGAGACCAUCCCCAAAUAUGCCUUUUAUCUGGGCAUCGAGAUCACCAACCGCGUCUACAACGACUCCCUCCGUGACCCUGAAUCAGCUUAUUAUAAGAGCAUGUAUGCGCAGGUUAGCAGUGCGCUGGCGGACAUCUACAACUGCUCCACUUGUGACACACACUCAUUUUACAAAGGGGUGGCAGCCAUGACUUUCAGAAAUGGGUCUGUGAUCGCGAACUCUACCAUCGUGUUCCAAACCUCAUACAUCAACGCUGUCUUGGUCAAGUAUCUCUUCAUAAAUAAUAUCCCUUCCAGUAAUGAGAUAAACGGCCUCAGAGUCAACUCGAGAUUCACAGAGGAGUUAAGCACACCCAUACCAGCUGCAUUACCAACCAGCGGCUACACCACCACCACACCUCUCACGAGAACAAGCACUAAACCAUCAAGCACAACAACCACAGUGACUUCAAAACACACCAGCAGCACCACGUCCUCUUCAGCUCCAACCAGCAAGAACUUGAGCUCCACUUCGUCUCCGCUUAACCACACAUCCAAACACACAGGAGGAAAGAACUGA